AUGGGCAACUCCUCUGGGAAGGAAGACGAAGAGGAAGGAGAGGAGGGAGGGAAGGAUGGAGAGGAAGCAGAAAUCACAGAGAAGAAGAAAAGGAAAGAGGAAGAGGAGGAGGAGGAUGAGCUUCCUCUAGGGGUGGAGGAAUUGUUUGAGAGCGGAGAUCCUGUGCUGGACUUGAGCUACAAAAAGUUUAAGCGUCUUCCUUUACGUGUUUGUGGACUGAUGCAUCUGGAGAAACUGUAUGUAUGUGGAAACAGCCUCCGCAAACUGCCUGAUAGUAUAUCCAAGCUGCAGGGUCUGCGGAUCCUUGCCAUCGACUUCAACAAGGUGGAGGAUGUCCCUCUGGCUGUCUGCCAGCUCACUAACCUCACCCGCCUCUACUUGGGCAGCAACCGUCUGAUGAGCCUCCCACCUGAGGUGAAGAACCUGCAGAAUCUACGCUGCCUCUGGGUGGAGAGCAACUACUUCCAGAGGUUUCCACGGGAACUCUACGACCUGCCUCAUCUUAAGUCUCUACAGAUAGGAGACAACAGGCUGAAAACACUGCCGCAUGACCUGUGGCGUAUGGCAGCUUUGAGGGGAUUAUGGCUCUACGGGAAUCGCUUUGAUACCUUUCCCAAAGUCCUGCUGCGCAUGAAAGGUUUGGAGAUCCUUGAUCUGGACAGAAACAAGAUAUCUGAGUUUCCCAGUUUGAAGCGUCUCAAAGCUCUCCGCCUGUUCUCAUAUGACCACAACCCUGUGGAUGAGCCUCCCAACGUUGGUGAGGAGGUGCUCGUGGUUGGAGAGGGUGCUGCUGAGUUCUUGGAGGCACGUGAGGCGAGGAAGGAAAGGCUGCGAAAGGCUGCAGAGCUGGAAGCUGAGGAGCUGGCUCAAGCAGGAGAGGAACCAGUAAUCCACGGCAUCUUAAAGAACAGCAGCUCCAAACAAGCAGCCAACGAAGCCUUGGCGAAUGUAGAUGAUGCAGACAUUAUGGAGGAAGACGUAAAGGGGGAGGAGGACUUUACAGAGUAUGAUGGAGCUGAACUAGAAUAUGACCAAGAGGGGGUUGAGUAUGAGACGGAGGAGCUGAUAUGUGAAGGAGAGGGGUUUGAGUAUGAAGGAGAGGGGCUGGAGUACGAGAGUGGUCAGGUGGACUAUGAAUACGAGGAGCUGGAGCAGGAGGCGACGAGAUAA